CCCUUCGCCCGGCUGCGGGGAGCCCGGCCGGCGCAGGCACCGCCGACCGGCGGGGUGGCGAGCCAUGUUACCGGGCUGCAGAGUGCGCGAGAUCGGAAAAGUUUGAGUCGAUGAGCAGAGGGGGAGACGCAGCGGAAAGUUCGGUAGCAGUAAGGAGAACUUUUACGUGCCCUGCACCUGUAUGGCAACCUGAAAUGGUUUCUGAUGACUUUAUCUGAUUUUUCUGAUGGCUUUAUGGCUACCUAAGGAGGCGCUGCUGUGUUGAGAGGCCACCUCUGCUCUGCUGUCUAUUGCACAUAUGGAAAAGUGAUUUUGUAAACUUCAAAUCAGCUUUGAGGCGAGCACAUGGUACUGCCGGGGAGGAAAGCACAGCACAGAGGUGCAGGGGAGCAUGCCUGGCCAGAGGCCGCUGCUACUUUGGGUUGUGACUGUCGGGAGGUGAUCAAAAGUCGUGUUACUUGCCCUCCACGGCGAGAGUGGCACAAUCGCGAGCAGACGGACGGAAAGGUUCUGCGUUGCUGCUGUGUCCGGUGUGCCUGGUGGGAACGGGCUAGUGAUUCCAAGCAGAAAAGAGCAGGACGUGAGGGAGAAAAGCGUCGCUAAUCGAAAGUCGGAAAGCCGAGUUCAGUGCAGAUCACAUUUGAAGAGGGUCCUCAGUUACCACAAGCUGCCAAUAUAAGUUGUGUGACAUGCAAGGGACAGUCAGACCACAGCAUGGUGCUGUGCUACUGUCUGUCAGCUGAAGCUGUGAAAUUCCCUGUCUCUGUUACUCAGCAGUCCCCAGUUGCUAUUUCUGUGGACACGUAUCAUGUCACUUUGUCUGUGCUGCAGGCUCAGGUGGAGAUCCACUUGGAGGAGAUACAGAAUGAGGGUCUCCUGGUGUCAUGGGCAUUCAGAGACAGACCAGACUUGGACCUUUUUGUUCUUCCACGACUUGGGCUUCCUGAGAAGGAUGAAGGGAGAGCAGAUCUGUCUACUAUAAAGGAUCUGAUCGAGGAUACCAUUGUCAGCACGAAGCCAGCCAUGGUGGUGAAUUUGAUGACCUGUACUGCUGGAGCCAGUGCAGUACCCAGCAAUAAGUUGACUCAAGAGUCCCCGUCCAGAGUAGCAGCAGCCCCUCUGGGUUCUAAGUUGUUGCUCCGGAAUCUUCGAGUGCUGAACUUGGGCUGCCAGGGCAAGGGAGGAAUUGGGGACAUACGCUGCAUGGCAGAGCUAGACAGCCCCCCGCAGCAGAAGUGGACAAGGCCAAUGACAGGUGGCAGUGUCGGUGCUGCAGGAGAGAUGGAGUGGAAUGACGAGUUCUUUCUGGAGUUGGGACCUAGAAGCAAAGAACUGAAACUACAGGUGCUGGGGAGCAGCGACGGAGGGGGAAAUGUCCUGCUGGCAUAUGCCACGCUUUUGAUAGAUUCUUUGGACAAGCAGCCAUCUGGGAGACAGAUCUGCUCACUGACCCCGGGAGCUGGACAGUCACUGACAGCUGAAGCUACCAUUACGUUGGAGCUGCUGUUCCAGGAGUCUCCUGCAUCUCUGACUGCUCCUCCACAUGCCACAUCUCUGCGAACCAGCAUCACCCCCACUAAGAAGGUGGAGAUGGACCGGACCAUCAUGCCCGACGGCACCAUCGUGACUACUGUCACCACAAUUCAGUCCCGGCCCAAGGCAGACUGCAAACUGGAUUCACCAUCGAGGUCGCCUUCCAAAGUGGAAGUGACUGAAAAGAAGACAACAGUGCUCUUGGAGACCGGCUGUCCUCAUGGCCACUUGCCCAGCAGUAGCUGGGAUAGUCAUUUGCCCAAUGGCUUGGAUCCGGUGGCUGAGACGGCAAUCAGGCAGCUCACUGAGACGAAUAACAAGACCACCAAGAAGACACCAACGAAACGUAGUACACUGAUCAUCUCAGGAGUGUCCAAGGUACCUAUUGCUCAAGACGAAAUGGCACUUUCUUUGGGUUAUGCUGCAUCCCUGGGGGCCACAGCGUAUGGGGACUCUGAGGCAGAGAGCACAGCUGACCAGAUGCACAAUGUUACUGAAUUGUCGCGGCCACUGGAAGUGUUGCCAUUGGAUCAAAGGGACAGUCAGGAGCUUGAUGAGACAACACGAUCAGAUGUCUCUGAAAGACCAUCCGUGGAAGAUGUUGAGUCUGAAACUGGCUCCACGGGAGCCCUUGAGACAAGGAGUUUGAAAGAUCACAAAGUUAGCUUUCUUCGGAGCGGUACCAAGCUCAUCUUCCGGAGAAGGAGCAAGCAGAAGGAAGCAGGCCUGAGCCAGUCACACGAUGACUUGUCCAAUGUCACUGCCAACUCCACCACCAGAAAGAAAACUGGUAGCUUCUCUCACCGCCUCAUCAAACGCUUCUCCUUCAAGUCUAAAUCCAAACCCAAAGGUAGUGACAACACAUCAGCUGGUGAAAACUGAAGGAGGGAGAAGCCCAUUGGAAAGAUUUCUCAGAGAUCGUUUUCUAGUUUCUUGUCUUCCCACUCCACGGUAUCUGUGACUUGCAGUCCAGUUCUUUCCAACCUUGGCUGAGGGAAGACACCCCCCAGUGCUUUAUGCCGUUUGGGGAGCGAAGGUGGCAAACUCGGGACUUAGGUUUGGCUGCCUUGGCUUAGCCUUCUCUGCUUGUUGCACCCAAUUGUGCUCUCCCAGAAAAUCCAGGUGGCAUGCUAAUCCCCCUGGGGGUUCCAGGAACUGCAGAAAUGACUCCGUGUGUGUCAUCAGGUGCCUCAUGGAAACGGGGGGCAGGUCUCUCAAAUGGCAACCUUCAGAGUUAAAAUCAAGAAGCUACUGGGUUAGCUACAGUGCCGAGAAGUGUGGAAUGUAGCCUCAUUCAGGUCUUCUAGUGACAGAGAAUGACGCAGUCACUGAUGAUCUAAACGCUAUUAUUGCUUGUGCGCCUGAGCUCUCACAAGAAUGCCCGGUCAAUGCUGUCGGUUCUGCCACCCUGUGCAGCCGCCCCGUGACACAACGCUCCUUCCACAUCUGUGUUCUUGAACAGGGAAGGGCCUGUACUGAAUGCACACACCAGCUAUUGUAUAAGCAGAUCCCUUACUCUUGGGGAUGUUGCCAAAGGGCUGCCAGGCUGUCUUCCAGACUUGCCGAGUGUCCAGUCUUGUGCAGUCAUGGUUCUUGUGCAAAGGACUGGCACCAUGCUGGGGAUGGAUGGCAAGGAAUAAGGCAAAGAAUAUAGUGAAGGGCAGUCUAAUGGGGAGCCUGAAGGCACAGGGCAGAAAGAGGCAAGAGUUUACAUAUUGGCACUGAUGGGUUUCCUUUAGUAGAGGAAAUCUUUCUGGAUUGUAUUUGGUGUUUCCUUCUUGCAAACAUGGUCCCCCUUGUUCAGAGGACAUUUCUGCAGCAGGAGCUUGCAGAGAGGGAGAGGUGUGCAGGGGAAAAUAAAAUCCCUGUGCAGGAGGAGACUGUCCUUCUAGAGAAACAGUUGUCUGGUUUCCUGGCCCAUACAUAUUUUAUAUAUAAUAUCCCCAGAAGUUCCCUUCAGAUAGCAGAUAACAAUGCUCUUUGGAGAAACACUCAUGCCCUGUCAACAUGCCUGGUUUGAGACAAACCUCCUGUUAUCCUGUGUUGAGUUAAGGUGGUGGGACAGAGGGGAGGAAAAACCUCACAGAAGAGCUAUUUCCCAGGCCUGACUGGAUUCUCUAGUUCUGCUCUUCCUUCAGAUUAUCUCCCGUGGUGGUGUCUAUUGCCCUUCCUUGUACAGGAUGCUGCCAACUGAAAAAGCAGUUCUCUUGAUGGCACAGGUAAAAUGUGUUUGUUGGAAGGACAAACCCUGACUUGCUGAUACGGCUGCUGUGUGCCAUUUUCAAGGACCAGAAUGUGUUUUGUGUGCUGCAGCAAAAGGAUUUACAGGUGGCUGUCUCUUGCGAAUUUGUACAGGUAGGGAAGGCCAGAGUUUCCAAGGAUUGUAACUGAAAGUGCCUGCGUGUGCUAGCAGGAGGGACUCUUGGCUGUUUUUCCUGCUGAUUCCUCACGUGAUUGGGCAUAUAUGAAUCAGAAAAAUCAUACUGGUUCAGCUGGCUGACCAGGAACCUCUAUAUCUGUUUUGGUCUGGGAGUCUUUGUUGUCCCCAAGCUCUGUCAUGUCUUUUAUCCUUUCUUUGGUCCUUGUCCGCAUGGCACUGUGGCUUUGUUUGCACUUCCAUGCACUACGGAUGUCAGAGAACUCACUGUUUCUUGCUGAGAAUAAUUUUCCUUGAUGUGAGUGACUGGUUUGCACUACAGUGCCAUUAGAACUUGGCCAUCUGUAGCUUGCCUAUAGCAAUCCAGCCACUGGUUUCAUAUUGCCUUCUUUUGCUGGGUUGGUGCGGUGCUGUCACGUGUGGUCUGACACACCCUUGUUCUCAGAGUCUUGGAGUUUGGUUUCAAUUUGGUACUCUCUCUCGCACCAUCCCCUCUAUGACUUGUAGCUAUGACAGUACUUUAUGUUCCAUUUUUGGAUUUUGUUUAUUCAUUUGGACACCAUCUCAAGGUACUAAACCUUGAUUUGAAUCCAGACAGCACCACUUCUCUGGUAGGAGAUGGUGAAGCCUUGCACUAGAAGUGCUGGUUUGAGCAGAAGAGCCUAUGGCUUUUCAGUUGUGGGUUAGUCAAGGACCUACCAGGAAUCUCAUUUGAUAGUCCUGUGUUCUUUUCUUUAAACUGUGAGAGCUUGAGCUGUCUUGGUGUGGAGUGGCUGGAGGUGAACACCGUUCACUGGUCUUUGGAAUUGGGGAUCUGAGACUCAUGUACACAAGAAGGACUGUGAGGGCUAGCCAGCGUUGUCCUUGUCACUGUAGACUGGAGGCAGAAAAGGCAAGGUUUCUGUCUGACAAACACAUACCUAGAUUCUUGACCAGCAUAUAUUGGUCUGGCUUGUAGGAGGAGGUGAUAGGAAAGGGAGUAAAACAGAAGCUCAAGUUACUCACUGACCUUGGGAUCCUUUCUAGCUGUGUUAAAUGGGCAGCUCCUGUCAUAUGACUGUGGCUUUGCUGUUUUGUUCCUGGUAUGUUUGCUCCAGGCUAUGCCUGUCAGUGACUUGCAGUGGAGGUAUGGUUUUUGAUUUUGAACUUGAUGUGGCGGAAGACAUCUGCACUGUGUUUGGCAAAGUGAAUGGUACAUGAGAAGCAUGCCAGUAGGGGCCUAUCUUCCCUUGAAUUUUUAGCAGUGCUUUUUACCACUGGCAGUAAAUUGUGCUGCAAAUCAGUAUCUGGUUCAACUGCUUGCAAAGGAAAGGGAUGUUGUCCAGUGCUGGCAGAGCACAUCUCCAAAUAUUAGGUCCUACAUCUGCUUGUGUUUCCUAGAGGAGAUGUAUUUUCUGACAUUUUGUUGCUUUUCAAAGUUGUACAGCAUAGGAGUGGUAUUGUAACCUUUUAUCUUUUGAAUGUUCUCUCUAAGGGCAGACCUGUUUUCAGGGUGUUUGUUAAAAAGGCUGCUUGAGGAACAGAGGGAUAGCAGGGUAUGGGUCUGCUGUGUGCGUUGGAAAUUUUUUGGUUCUGAUACUCUCCUCAUUAAACGUGUUGAUCUUUCCUCUUCUUAUCUGAACAAGGCUUUCUUACUGGCCCACAAAGAUGUUUUCAUCCCCCAGGCAGUAGGUGCUGGUUUUGUUAAUCCUGACUAUGCGAGCACAGGUGGCUCUUCCUGGUUUCUCAAAGGCAUGAAUAGUAGUAAUGAAUUUGCCUCAUGGUGGAGGUGUGCUUAUUGGUGUGAGAAACAAUUUGUCUGUUCUAAUCUUCUCAGAUAGAAAGAGAAGGUCACACAGGGUUGUGUUCUCCAAAAGCUGCAAAGAUGAAGUCUCUGAGAAUUUCCCCCCACAGAAUGGCUGCUUUAAGAAACCUCUUUUGUAUUUAAUGUAUUUUGUGUUUCUGGCUUUAGGACAGAAGAAAGGCUAUUUGAAAUCUACUUUCCUUGUUUAACUUCUUCCAGAUACCUGUGCCCUUGCCUUGGUGCUGCUGUGGGCUCUGUGGCAUUUCAUAAUGCUUGGGGCCACAGAGCAACCCCGUGAAUGGCACAGGGCACCAUCAAAAUUUUUAAGCUCGAGUGAUCUGCAGUUGGCAGAUUGUUGUCUCAGGGUAGGCUCGCUUUUUGCACCUCGUGAAAUUGGUCCUUGACCAAAUAUAUGGUGGAAGAGGAACAGCGGAGCAGUGGGCUUGAAUGCAUGGAGGCUUCAACCUGCGUAUGAGGGCCUGCUUUCCAGAUGCUGUGUUUUGCUACUGGCUGCACAAGCAGAACAGUGACUUGUACAUGAAGCCAAAGUAGGCAUUUUGUUGAGAUUACUUUGGGGUUUUGUUUGUUUUGGUUUGCUUGGAGGGUUUUUUGGUUUGUUGGGGGUUUCUUGUUUGUUUGAGGGUUUUGUUGGUUUUGUUUGUUAGUUUCCUAUUUUGGCUGAUCAUAUUUACUAGAACUUACCUGUGUAUUUUUACUUCUCUGGAGAAAAUAGAUUUAUGCUAGCUGAAAGCUGUAACCAUGCUUGUAAGUAUAUUUCUGUCUGGAUAAAUAAUCCCCUAUGCUUAGGCAAGGCUGUUGAGGAGUCUUGUCAUCCACAAAGCCCUCGGUGUUGGCCCAUGAGAGAUAUCCUCUUGAAUCAGUGGAAAACAUACACAGGAAAAAAUGAACGGAACCUCAAAACCUCAGUGUUCUGAGGGUGCAAUAGGACUUAGCAUGAUGGAUGUCUGAGGCCAGAGGAAUUGGGUGCAUGGAUGUGUAUUUGCCCGUGCUUAUAAUUAGAGCAUACUCUGUAAAUGCCUAUACUGGUAAUGGCGCAAAGGGACUGAGGACAACAGUGCUGAUAGAUGCGACAGGAGAGUGGCCGUUCCAGCUUCUGUGGCAUUCAUAUCCAUUUAUUGCACAGACUUCUGCGGGGGGAGACCUGAGCGAGCAAGUCCAAUUCCUGCCCCUGCAAGCACCCUUAUGCAGUUGAGGGUGGGGUUUUAGGCAGCUUGACUGAAAUGGGGAAGAGCGAGGGGAGACUACUUAGGUGGAGAGCAAGUUCAAUGAAGAGGAAUGUAAUGAAAAUUUCUUCAAACCACAGGCAAGUGCUAUUUUUAGACUAGAACUGUGCGUAUGGCAAAUGUUUUUGUUACACUUUUUGGCUUUAGUGAGCAAUGCUAUAGCUUCUCUUGGGUCAUUGUUUGCUAAACCUACAGAGAAGUAAUUUCUGAGUAGCUGUGGAGAUGCUUGAGUGUUUGGAAGGUUGUCAUUUGUGGUCUUUUUGCAUUGUUCUCUCCAUCCCACCUUCCCUACUGCAAGGUCACCGUGAGUCUCAGGGUAAGAGUAACAGUCCCAGCAUUGGUCAAACUUCCGGUAAAGGUGCGCUCGUGAUAUCACAGCUCCUUCUACAGGCACGACUGCCUGCUCCACAUCACCUUUCCUUGCUUUGUAAGGUACUGGACCAAAUAACCACACGGAAUUUGAAUUAACACCCCUCCUUGUGUGUGCUCUUUUGUACUUUGAUGCUUUCUGUCUGGGUGGAUUAUUUGACCCCACAUUGUUCAGGUGGGAAGGAAUUGGUACUGUGUAGCUAAUAAUGAAAAUAAAACUACAUAUGACUAAAUGAAGUUCUUGCACCUUUGUAAAUCUUGAAGAAGAAUUCUAUUGCUGUGUAAUGGCUGAAUCUGUUAACUUAUUAAACCACAUGAAAAUCAAAACCUGAGUCUGAUUUCAUACUUGGUGUAGUGCUGUGAAUUUCCCUCCAACCUGUCCCUGUCUCCCCUGAAUUCUACCACUCAAAUGAUGGCAAACUGUGUAUACCCAUGCAAGUGUCUGUAACACGCCAAAACUUUUAAAUAUGUGGGGGUAAAUCGAGUUUCCUUUCCUCUAGGUUGGCACAUCAGAGAAAUACCUGCAGUGGAGGAGAAGAUGAGUAGGGUAUGAGAGGGUUUGGUUGGGGUCCUCCCAAAAAAGGGAGGUUACAGCCCAAAAAUGCUUGGGAGUUUAGGGGGUAUGUUUGUUCAAAAAAUAUGGUUGUGGUUUUGGUUUGUUAAUUUGAGAUUUUGUUGAUUUUGUAAUUUUUUUGUUAACAAAGAAUGUGGUGAGUUUUAUGUUGGCUAAUUAUGAAUGUAUUUAUUUUUUAUUGUGAGAUAGGAUUAGGAGAAAGGUAAAAUAUGU